AUGGUUGUGCAUGGGUGCGCACCGAUGCCAAAUUUUCUGGGCAUCGGUGCCCAGAAAGUAUGUAAAAAUCGUGCACCGGUGCGUACCAGUCCCAAAGUUUUGUUUUCAAUCACCAUUUUGUUUUGUCAAUUUCUGUGUAUAUUAACACCACAGUCUACUUCUAAUAUUUCGAAUGUCUUUCUGACUUCAUCUUUUCCUUCUCAUAAAAGAAGUGCCCAGGCAAUUCCGCAUGGUUUUGGGAUGUCAAUGUGGUACUGACCUGUGCCGUAUUCUAAUAUAAAAUUCAGCAUAAACAAGUAUAAUAAAAAACUAAUUAAAUUGAUUAAAUAAAUUUCAGUGCGGCACUUUUUGGGCAGAAAUAUAUCGGUACUGGUGCUAAUCGGCACUUGUCGUGCCAAUGUUCAUCGGUGCGCACUAGCAGUGCCGCACUGGAAUUUUUUUUAUAGGGCUCCCUCCUUUUGACUGGUACCAUAUAAAAACUACCCAUUUUUUAUCCGCAACGAUUCCAGCGGAGAGACCGUGAUAUUUGGAUCGGGCAUGUCGAGAAACCUUUUUUUUAUAUAUGUUAUAGAAAAAUAGUUAAUAGCCCUCCUUAAGUGUUUUGCCUAAACUUUUGGACGAAAACUUUUUUCUCGAAACACAUCGAAUUAUAUAUCAUUCUAUGCAGGUUUUUGAUUCUUCUUUUAGAUGGACAAUAGUUAUAGUUAUUAAGGUAUUGUAUCUCCACACAGGUAUAAUAAAGCAUGGAAACGAAUCACAUUUAUUAAAAACCUUUUCUUAUAAUAGGUAUUGUCCAUCCAAAAAAAGAAUGGUAUAUGGCUGUCUUUUGAAUAACUUUUGAUAGAAAG